CAGCAGCCGGGGCCGCGAGCGGCGGCGGCCAGAGAAACCCCCCGGGGCGGGGCAGGAGCGGCCGGGGCGCCAUGACGUCAGCGUCCACCAAGGUGGGCGAGAUUUUCUCCGCUGCCGGCGCCGCCUUCACCAAGCUGGGGGAGCUGACGAUGCAGCUGCACCCCGUGGCCGACUCGUCCCCCGCCGGGGCCAAGUGGACGGAGACGGAGAUCGAGAUGCUGCGGGCGGCCGUCCGGCGCUUCGGGGACGACCUGAACCGGAUCAGCGCCGUCAUCAAGGAGCGGACGGUGGCGCAGAUCAAAGCCACAGCCAAGCGCAAAGCCUACGAGGACAGCGGGGUGCCCCUGCCCGCCGACUCCCCCAAGAAGGGCCCCAAGAAGGUGCACGGGCUGGGGGGGGUGGGCCCCCCGGCCCUGCCCCCCCCUGCCCAGGCCGGGGGCCCCGCCGGGCUGCAGGACACGCCCGCCCCACCCAUGAAGAAGCAGAAGGCGUCGGAUGUCACACUCAGCGCCUUGAACGACUCGGACGCCAACAGCGACCUGGUCGACAUCGAGGGGCUGGGGGACGCCCCCCCCGCCAAGAAACUCAACUUCGACCAGGACAGUCUGACCCUGGACCCCGGGCUCCUGAUCACGCCUGGCGACCUGCCCCUGCUGUCCCGCUGAGCCCCCAGCCCCCCCGCCGCACACGGACCGACCCACGGCUGAGCCCUGGGUGCCACUGGGCAGCCCCCCCCAUUGCCCUCCCCGCCUUCCGGCUGUUUUCCCAGCCCUGUGUUUGUUUUUUAUUUUAAAUAAAAGUGACAACCCCC